AUGUUUAUGUUAACAAUAUUUUUGUUUACUUAUCUUAUAUCACUUUGUGAUUCAUCAACGGUCGAUGUAGUGAAAUGUAAACAAGUAUUUGGAUCAGAUGAAAAAUUCAGAUAUGGCUGCGAGUGUUUUAAAGACCUCAGAGCUUGCAAAAAUUCUCUAAUAGCUUCACAAACAUGUCCUAAGGAUGCAACGCCUGAUAAUGUAUUUAAAAACAAAACAAAUUGUGAAAUGAUCUAUUCUGAAUGUUCUACUGCCGAAGAAAAUAGUUGUAAAGCUGGAAUGUGUGAAUGCUUUGAGUAA